GGUGAAUUGAUUGACAGCUGAGGACGGUGCGAGUCUAUUGGACGAGCAGAACGUGACAUCGGUAGUGCUGUCUCCUUGGAGAGCUGGAGGAAGGCCCGCCCUCUGGAGCAGCAAGGAGGGGACCGGAGCCCGGGAGCAGCCGAUGAAGAGUGUGAAAGGAAGGUGAAGUGAGAAGGUUCCCAUCAUGAUCCAGGGAUGCCCUGAACCAGCAAACCGCUCCGCAGAUAUAAUCCUGGCUGUUCAGGCACCAGGUGACUUUGUGGCCGAAUCUGUGUCUCCUCCUUGCUUUUUAAAAAUUGACUAUAAUCGGAGUAGAUGCUGAUAUCCACCUCCACUCAUGAAUAUCCACUGUGGAGACUCCGCUCCUGGCACUGAUGUCUAUCACAGUCCAGAUGCCCCUGAAGUGGAACUGGUUAACUUGCUAGAAGACCAACUCCCUCAAUACAAGUUACGAGUGGACUCCUUGUAUCUCUACAGUCACCAAGACUGGCUCCAACACUCCCCAACACAUCAAAGCAAUGGCCUUGGCAGCCUUUCUCCUGUCCUGGCUGAGGAGACUUUCCGUUACAUGACUUUUGUUGAACUUCCCUCCUCUUCAUAUGAUGAUUCUUGUAAAGCAAGUCGAGGAACGCAAGUUCUUGGUUCAGAAAGAAUAGAACAGAUGACAAGAAGUUACAAUGAUACAGACAUGCUAACCCAUCUGCUGACAGAGAGAGACCGAGACCUUGAGUUGGCUGCUCGCAUCGGGCAGGCCCUUCUGAAAAGGAACCACAUCUUGACUGAGCAAAAUGAGUCCUUGGAAGAACAGCUGUCUCAGGCAUUAGAUCAUGUGAAUCAGCUCCAGCAUGAGCUGACCAAGAAGGAUGACCUGCUUAGGGUGGUUUCCAUUGCCUCGGAGGAGAGUGAGACGGAUUCCAGUUGCUCUACGCCUUUGCGCUCCAAUGACUCCUUUACCCUCACACAUGGGCUACUGCAGCUGGAUAACUUACACGUCAAACUGCGGGAGCUGGAAGAGGAGAAUCUUGCGCUACGUUCUCAGGCCUCUCAUCUGACUUCAGAGACCAUAACUUAUGAAGAGAAGGAGCAACAACUGGUCAUUGACUGCGUGAAGGAAAUUCGGGAAUCCAAUGCCCAAAUCGGUCGACUUACUGAUGAGUUGUCCCAUAAGUCUGAUGAGAUUGUACAAUACCAGGAGGAGAUAUCCACUGUGUUGUCUCAGAUUGUUGAUCUGCAGCACAAGUUGAGGGAGAGCGCAAUAGAGAAAGAGGAGCUGAGAAUUCAUUUACAGGCAUCUAAAGAAGCUCAGAGGCAGCUGACUGCUGAGCUUCACGAUUUACAGGAUCGCAAUGCAGAAUGUCAAGGGAUGCUGCAGGAAGCUCAGGAUGAACUGAAGAUGAUGCGCUGUAAAGCCAGCCCCUCAGCCCUUCUUAGGCGGCCUCAGUCAUGCAGUGUGUUCCCUGUGGAUUCCUUAGCAGCUGAGAUUGAGGGAACCAUGAGGAGAGAGUUGAGCCUGGAAGAAGACUCAAGCUUUGGAGAACGAAAAAAGCAUCCAAAGCGUGUGUUUGAUACUGUCAAAGUAGCAAAUGAACUGCGCAGUCGAUCUUCUUCUACAUCUUUGGCAAUACCUGGGUCAAACCGUUCUGGGUUAGUGAUGACCGCUCUACCUUUUGAAUCAGGGACACACGAUGAAGAGAAGAAAACUAAUACCUGCUCAACCGAAGAAGAUUUCAAGGAAAAAGAUUUGAAGGAACACAUGAGGUCUGAAAUCCUAGAUGAUAGCUUAGAAACUGCACUACACAGGCUGCACCUCCGGCGCCAAAACUACCUAAGUGAGAAGCAGUUCUUCAGGGAAGAGUGUGAGCGAAAACUAAGACGUCUGGAGGAUGAGCGAGAUCUCAGUGGCUGCAGCACUCCGACAGGGAGCGUCAGGUCUCUGGCAACCCACUUCUCAGAUUGCACCGACUUUUCUGCUACUUCUAGUUCCUUGCGCAGUCUGCUACCCGAGAAAUUACAGAUUGUUAAACCCCUUGAAGGUUCCCAGACUCUUCAUCACUGGCAACAGCUGGCACAGCCCAACCUGGGUACCAUUUUGGACCCCCGUCCUGGUGUACUAACCAAAGGUUUUAAACCGCUGCCUGAAGAUGCUGAAUAUCGCUUGUGUGAUCUGGAAGAGGAUGAAAAAGAAGUUGACGAGGACGACUACGACGACGGUGGCAUCACUUUUAAAGUUCAUGAAAGAGUUGAUGGUGAUGUGCCAAAAUCCUCCCCAAGUAUAUUCCUGCCACCCAUAAGCCUGGCACCAGCCACAACCUCUGCCUCAAACCCUGGAAAGUGCCUUGGCAGCACAAAUUCAACCUUUACCUUUACCACUUGCAGGAUCCUGCAUCCCUCUGACAUCACUCAGGUUACCCCGAGUUCUAAUUACACUACAUCGUCCUUUGGAAGUGGAAACUCUUGUUCAACCAGCACGUCUGUGAGUUCCGUUUCCUGUCGUUUGAGCCUUGGAGAAUAUUUCGGGAAAGCGUCUGAUGCCCCCAUAAAUAAUAGCAGCACUUUAGCCAAGUUGCUGAAAGAACAAGGGAUAUCUGCAAAAGUCAACAGUACCUGUGUUCAAGAGAAACCUUCACGUCCACAGAAUCUGCUCCUUCCCUCCACCCCACCCAAUUCUCCUUCCCGUUCUCCGUGUGCAUCCCCUCAGACUUUUGAACCACGAGCGAAUCCCUCUGAAAACUUCCUGGCAGUUUCAAGACCAGCCGAGAGCUUUCUUCAAGAAAUGUACGGCUUAAAGUCUGCGCGGAGCCAAAAUGAUUUGGGGCAGAUGAAGAUGAGCUUGGUGGAGAGGUUGAAACGUUUAGGGAUCGCAAGAGUCAUCAGUCAACCAAGCACAGGGGACCAAACGCUAAGGCCAGCAUUAAACAAUGGGCUUAAACAACAAGAGUCUGCCAUGUUUGUUGCAACAAGCAGUAGUCUCAUGGGCGGAUUAAGGAGGAACCAGAGUCUUCCUGCCAUUAUUGGUGGACUUGCUCCUGUUUGCACAUCGUCUCCAAUAAUGGGUAGCUUAAAAGAAGACUGAACAGGGGAUUGCAACUAGCUGUGUGAAGAAGGAAUUUUAGCAAGUUUUCUGUACAAAUUGUUGAAGGUCUGAGCAUGUUGUGUAGGAGAGAAGAGUAAUGGUUAAACGAGAGGUUGAGUUGAAGGAUUUAGAAUGUGUUUGGAAAGUAUAAGAAAUGGAGAAGUGCAUGUUGACCGGUUGCUGUUGGCUUCUUAUGAAACCAAGCUAAAAAUUCUUUUUAAGUCAAUUUUUAACUUGAAAUGUGUGAAGCACCCUCAGAUAGCCAGCUUUAUCUGCCGCCAUUAAUGUUUUUGGCUAUAAUGCAGAGCUGUAUGAAGGGGGGGAGCACCAUACAUAUGUCUAGAAGACUAACACCACUAUAUAUAGUGUAGGAGGAACUAAAGCUAGGCACGUUACAUAAAGUGUUAAUGAUCAAUAAGGGGAAAUGUAUAUAGUGUUGGAUAUUCCAGCCAGCUUUAUAUAUAUAUAUAUAUAUAGAAUGAAUGUAAGACAUUUCUGCAAGUUUAUUUGGAUCUGGGAGCUUUAUAAGGGAAUAAACCGUGACCAGAAGAGUCUGAUUUCAAAAUGUCCCUAAAAUGUAGGCCUUGGGUUUACUUGUCCAGGAUAUUUUCCCUCCAAAAAAUCGUACAGGCCUGGAUACUUUAUUUUUGAGCACUUUAGUUUUUAAGUAAUCUCACUUUGUUUAGUUAUAUACUAGUCAUAAGAGUCCAACUAGUAGUCCAUUUUAACACAUCUGAAAGCUCCAGAUAAUUUAGGCAAGGCUGGCCAUACACAUAAGAUUCCUAUCUCUACUUCCUCCAUGCACAUGCAUCCUUGACUGGACCAAGCAUGUGUGCAAGUGUUGUGAAUAGGGGGAAUGCUGGUGCCAGACACCCCUGCAGCUCAUCUCUCUGAGAACAAAAGGUUCAGGAAUGUUUAACUCUUAUCGUCUGUUGUUGGGGAAAAGUCAGGAGGCCCUCAUACACAUUAGAUGUUCGGCAGAUAUACAUCUGUGUAUGGCCAUCUCAAAUGGGUAUUCCUAUCUCCACAGGAUAUUCCAUCAGUCUCCGAGGUGGGGACCUGCACCUGUCUUGAGAAUGGGGCCCCAUAUCAUGGCCACAGCAAAUGGAGAGGUAGCUAUGCAUGUGCAGCCCUCUGCAUUCAUUUCUAUGGGGGUUCUGAAAAAUGUCAAGAAGGCUGAGUUCACAUCACCAUUUCUCUGAAGGAAAUGGCUCAAAUGGAUGCCAAAUGUGCAUAACUGAUGCUCGGGAUCCAUUUUGUCUUUAUUUUUCUGUUCUUCUGAUGGAUCAGAAGAACGGAAAGAUAAUGGUGAUGUGAACUCCCAUAGAAGUGAAUGGAGAGAGCCAUGCAUACAUGGCCACCUUUCCAUUCACAGUGCCGAUGAGGUGGGGCCCCAUUCUCAAGACAGAUUCAGGUCCCAUCUUGGACAUUUGUGGAACAGCCCUUGGAUAUGCCAUAAAUGUCCAGAUAGUAAUAACCCUUUAGGUUAGCGAUCAUUUCCAAACAAGUUCCAACGAAACUGGUUCAACUGCCUAAUAAUGGACCUUGACAGGCGUUCUACUGAAAGUAUGGAUCUUUAGGUAAGAUGUGGUUUUCUAACUAAAAAGCACAAACUUUUAAUGAAAUAAGGGUGUUUUUUUAUAUAUAUAAACAAAAAGGGAUAACGAAAGGAAUGUUUUAUACAUGGGAAUGGAAAUCCCUGCUUUACUAUGUGGUGGCACAAUGGAAAUGAGGUAUUUCUGUGUAAUAAACCUAACCAGGUAGAGUCAUCUGGUGGACCAGUGGUGGCACUUGUAAUCUGGUGCAAAACUGGUUCCGUGCAAUAUAUUUCAGAAACCAUCCACAUGUGAGCCAGUCUGUGUGCCAUUAGACAUUACACCGUACUGUUCUUGUACCAGCACAUGGCUAAAUCUUGCAAUAUUGCUUGUAAGUGAUGCAUGCGGUACAUCUAUUUGCCUUCCGUUUGUGCGUUAGUGAGGGCAGAUACAGUCUCUGCGGAUGUCGCUUCUUCCAAUUUUGUGAUUUUAGUCCGGACAUGGCUUAGGAGAUAACUAACACACGCAGGGACUUGUGCGUAAAAUAAUCUUCUGACAGAGAUAUCGUCAGCAUUGUCCAUAGCAACCAGAUCGGAUCACUGACUUUACCAAAAUGAAGCAAGAAUCUGGUUGGUUGCCAAGGGCUGGACAGACUUUUUGAACAGUAUCUAUUAGACCUAUAGCUUAGUCUUUAGGCAAUGUCAGGUUGUUACUGCUUCUGAAAAUUAGUACUGGGCAAUAUGUUCCUGUAUGACCAAGGCUCAAUGCAUACCGUACAUACAUACUUGUUUGUUUUUUUUCUUUCAGUGGCUAUGUUUUAAGGGGAAAAAAAUGAAUUGCACUAAUAUUAAUAAUGAAGGAUUUUUAUUUUUUUGUUGCUUUUAAUUUUUAAAUCUCUUAAAGCGCUAUUCCAGGAUCAAAUCGUUUUUUACAUUUCACUCCCUACCUUUACCUGCUGCCGCCUCUCAGUUCUGUCCUAGGCCAUCUUGACUGCACUUUGGACCCACAUGUGAACUUACAGCACGGACAGAGUCACAUGUGCCUCUGCAGCCAAUGGCUAAAGGACACGUCACCACUGAGGCCAGUCAUUAACUACAGCAGCCCAUGUGACCCCCACUUCCAUACCACAAGUUUACACUGGUGCCAAAGUGCAGCCAAGUCUUGGACAGAACCAAGGCGGUAAGCAAGCAUGCCUCCUUACAGGUCCGACAGAGAAGGGGUGGAAAUUAAAAAACAAUACGGUCAUGGACAAGCUCUUUAGGGCUGGGUUCACACCUGCAUUCUUAUUUUAGUUGUUCUGUUUGCCAUAGGAGCAGAACAAUGAAAAUAACAGCAGUGCCCAAAUCUGUCACAUGGCCAUAGGACUCUAACUACAGUGGGAUCAGUCAGUUUUCCAUCAUGGUGUCCGCCAUUUUACCAGAGAAAAUCGUGCCAUGAUGCUGCCCUGUUUUGACAGUUUAUGACUGAAUGUGUGACGGGGGCUACUAAAGGGUCACCAUCACACAUGUCAACAUAUGUUUUCAAAGUGUAGCCUAAAAGUGGCUGAAUGGCCAACAGUUUUGCCGUUAUCCUUCGGGGGCGCUGUGGAUUCAUGAGGAAGUAAAGCUAGAGCUAACUGUAACAUAGCACGUAGUUGUAGAUAUGGGUUUCUUUGUCUUUGUGAAGCAACGUUUUACCAUUUACUGCUGGGAAUUCCCAUUUAGUGGUAUAUGAAGUACAGUAAGUGGCUGAAUACAUCCUUAGCUUUUUCCUGCAGACAACCACUACCCAGGACUGAGUGGCUGAAACAUGUGACCUACUAUAUAGUUUCAAUGCUUCGGACAAUAGUAGAUGCCACAGCAGCACACAGACGAGGAGACCCCCUUGUCCGGCAUGGCACUGGUCUGAUGGCUAUUAUCCAUAGUUCAAGGCUGAUACCAGUCCUGUCUCAGGCUCAUUGACCAGCCUUUCUGAGACUGAUGCCAGCUCUUGGAUUUUUAGACUUCACUUCAAAUAAGGAGGACCUUUCAGCACUCGUGACAUGCCUGUUUUAGUAAAUACUUGCAAUUCCCAUAAAAGAGCAAUGCUGGAGAAUCUUUUCUUAGAACUCUUGUACCAUUCCUCUGUUUUUGCUCCUGGAAAUGUAUGAAUAAGUAUGUUACCAUUUCUCAUGUCAACGGACUGUGUCCCUACACGGUUUAAUGUUAGUACUGUGUGUAAGGAUGCACCAAUUUGACAAGAACCAAGUAUCAGUUUAGUCAUACAUUUCCAGGAGGAGUUCUAAGAAAAUAUGCCCUGAGCAUCACUACACGAGGAAUAAAAGUUCCCAUAAGGCCCCUUUUGGAUGAAUGAUAGGAAACUUGUCCGUGUUCUGGACGAUGAACAUGCAGACCACCUGUGGAGGGUGUCCUUAUGGGGUUUGGUUUUCUCGCAGAACCACUCAAUUGAGUGAUGGAGUCAUGUUGGAAAUAAUCUGUCAGGAUGCUGCAUGCUGUGGCUUUCUCGGCACGGAUCGAAAGUCCUUGCAGAAAAUCGCUCAUAAAGAUACUUACAUUUUAAUGGAUCAGGGUUCAGUCCGGGUGCUGCCCAUUAUAAACUCGGACAGCGCCCAGAUGGAAAUAUUGCCUGCGUGAAAGAGGCCCUAAACAGACAUGUUGGGUAAGAUGACAGAUCCUCCUUAGCCCUGUGCAUUAGCUGCUCACAUGUAAUUACCGGUACACCAUUACUGCAGGACCUUUAUGCUUGUGGAGAAGCUUUCUGAUAUGGGUGAUUGUCAUUUCACUUUAUCUUGUUUGUAGGCUUCAGUUUUCUGCACGUGUCCUAAUUAUUUUAAAAUCAACCCCAUAUUCAUCUGUUACUGAAAAUGAGAAAAAGCGACAAUGUGAUAUAACAAUUCCAAAGUGGAGUUAUUUUCCUUUGAUUGUCAUCCUGUAUAUUUGUGUAUAUUUGCCAUGACAUGGUCUGAGGGCCUAGCAAUAGACAAAUAUUUCUUAAAAUGAAAAAAAAAAAUGAAAAAUAUAUUCAAUUAUUUAUCCUGAAGACAAACCGAUCUGUUUUUAAAUCUAUAUUUAAUUCCUUGUAUUUAUGUAUAUAAGCCUCAUUGCACCAUCGCUUUAAAUAUGUUGACCAUAUAAUAUUGUAUUCAUUGUUUUUAGGUUAUCGCCAAUAAAUAUUUUCAAUCUUUGUACUUUU